CCCCUCAUAACAUAUAUAGCUUAUUAAUUAAACGAGCUGGAAAAAAAAAAUCACAUCAGAGCAAGAUGUUGCUUUUGGUAGUACUUCUUUUGACUCUUUCUCAAGUCACUGCAGAAUUUUUAUUAGUCAACACGACUAUACUUCACAAUGCUGUUGAAAAGGGAGCCGUUUGUUUGGACGGAAAUGCUCCUGCAUACCUGCUUGAUAGGGGAAGUGGCUAUGGAGUUAAUAAUUGGCUUGUUCACAUUGGUGUUAGAGUUAAACUCUUCAUGAUUUUUUAGGGAUUUAAAUUAUAUAUACAUAUGGUGUAAAACUUUCACACAAUUCUUGUAUUUUAACCUGAUUUGGUCGGCCAACUAUCAUUUUUAUCACGUUAUCAAUAUUAGGGCGGGGGAUGGUGUUCUACGAUCUCAGAGUGUAUCGCACGUGCUGCUUCCGCAUUGGGAUCAUUAAUACCCAUGGAUGAUCAAUAUUCUUUUAAGGGAAUAUUAAGCAACGAGCCUAACGAAAAUCCAGACUUUUUUAAUUGGAAUAGAGUAAAGGUUAAGUAUUGCGAUGGGUCAUCUUUUACUGGUGAUAUUGAAGAAGUUGACCCAGUUACUGGACUCCACUUCAGAGGGGCAAGAGUUUUCCUUGCCAUCAUGGAGGAUUUAUUAUACAAAGGAAUGUGGAAAGCUGAAAAUGCCAUUUUGAGUGGAACUUCACCUGGAGGAUUAGCUUCAAUACUACAUUGUGACAAGUUUAGAAGCUUUUUCUCCACUAGUGCUAGAGUAAAAUGCAUUUCUGAUGCUGGUUUCUUUUUAAAUAUAAAAACUAUUUUGGGUGAACCUCAUAUUGAAGAGUUAUAUAAAAGAGUUGCAACAUUGCACGGAUCAACAAAGAACCUUCCACGAUCUUGCACCAGCUCCUACUUAGACCCAAGUUUGUGCUUCUUCCCUGAAUAUGUAGUACAGCAUAUUUGGACACCACUUUUCGUUAUUAAUUCGGCCUAUGACUCUUGGCAGAUAAACAACAGUUUGGUUCCUUAUAAUGAGUGGACAUAUUGCAAGAAAGACGUAAAUGUAUGCUCACCAAGUCAAAUCCAAACUCUCCAAGAUUUCAGGGUAAUAUUUAUAAGGACAGUUAUAAAUAGAAUAAGACCAACUUCACCAAGUGGAUAAUUCAUGACCUCCUGCCAUUCCCACAAAGGCAUUGAAACACCGAGUUACUGGUUCUACCCCAACUCUCCAACAUUGGCUGAUAAGAAAAUUGCUCAAGCAGUUGCCGAGUGGUUCUUUGUCGAGAGUAGUAAAUUCCAAGAGAUAUCUUGCCCUUAUCCUUGUGGAAAAUUUUACCAAAGCUAGGAACUUGAAGAGAAUGUUCAUAUUGUACGAGUAUUUCUGAUAUUUUCUUAAUGAUUAAUCCACUCAUGUAUUUGUGGAAAGUAUCAAGUCACUUGAGGUCGCUUAAAAUUGUUAUUCAAACUUUAUCAUGGUAUCGUAAGUUGGUAUAUAUAUAUUUGUUUUAUAUUUUAA